CAAGCUGUGGUCCAACAUCAUGGAGAUCCUGGAGGAGAAGGAUGGGGUUGAUACCGAACUACUGGUUUACGCAAUGACCUUGGUUAACAAGACGCUGUCGGGGUUGCCAGAUCAAGACUCUUUCUACGACGUGGUGGACUGUCUGGAAGAGCUAGGCAUUGAAGCUAUUUCGCAGAGACACUUGAACAAGAAAGGAACAGACUUGGACUUAGUUGAGCAAUUUAACAUUUAUGAGAUGACACUGAGACAUGAGGAUGGAGAUGAGAGUGCUGACCCCCCUCCCAGUGGGCGCAAGGACCGGAGAAGGGCCAGUCUUGGUGCUAGUGAGCGGAGGGGGUUAGAGCGCCGACGGAGCCGCAGGCACUCGGUACAGAGCGUCAAAAGCACUUUAUCAGCCCCCGCAAGUCCGUGCGGUCAGUCGAACCCUAGCUUCAUGCUAGGCCACGGACAGCGCGUUGAAGAUCUCAGUGAGAGGUAAGUGCAUGAGCGGGGGAAUACUCCUUUCUUUUCCCCCUGUUACUUUCCGUUAUGUUCAUUGCACUUUAGUCAUCUGCCAGACUUCUGUUUUCUUUUCUCCCUCUUUCCAUUG